GAUUGUAGGUGGUGAAACACGAUCUUUCCCUCCCCAUGUGGUGAAGCUGAAGGAUGUUCCAUCAUGGUGCAAGGUUCAUCCUGGUGUUUGAGUACAUACUCUCUGACCUCUCCGAGGUAUUCAGGAACGCCCAGCGGCCUCUCACAGAGUGCCAGGUCAAAGGUUACAUGAUGAUGCUGCUGAAAUGGGUCGCCUUCUGCCAGGAGAACUCCAUAAUUCACAGAGAUCUGAAACCAGCCAACCUGCUCAUCAGCUCUACAGGUCAUCUGAAGAGACUUUGGCCUAGCCAGACUCUUCAACCCUGCCUCCACAGCCACCAGGUACAGAGAAAUGCAGGGUUCCUGUCCAGCAACAACCCCUGUCCCUUUGUACUUGUGUACAUUUGAAAUAAUUGGAAAGGCCUUAGCAAUAUUGAAAAUUCAACCUAACCUAGAGGAUAAGGUAGAGAGAUUUUAGUCAUUUACUGGAUACUGGCGACCAUUCUGCAUCAUUCAGUCCAGUCAACCGAGAGCAUUCUGCAUCAUUCAGUCCAGUCAACCGAGAGCAUUCUGCAUCAUUCAGUCCAGUCAACCGAGAGCAUUCUGCAUCAUUCAGUCAAAAGUGAGAGCAUUCUGCAUCAUUCAGUCCAGUCAACUGAGAGCAUUCUGAAUGAAAUUAAAUCAAUGAUUGAAUUGAAUUGAAGGAGUUUGUGUUAUUCUAGGAUAUUGAUUGUCUGUG